CGUUACAGUUAUGCUAAAUGAAAUGAGCUCCGGUGGACUACAUUGUGUUGCGGAUUCUGAUAAUGCCCUUAAGCUAAAGAUAUCAUUUUCCGGAGCGAAAUGUUCACAAGAAUGUUCAGUUAGUCCAGAGCGUGAUAUUCUGACUGAAGUUACAAGUAGAAAUCUAUAUACUGUGCUAAAUGAAAUUCACCAAAAUCUGGUCCGCAGAGAUCCGCGUGGUAUCUUUGCCAACCCUGUAACUGACGAUAUCGCUAUCGGAUAUUCAGAGGUGAUUUCUAAACCCAUGGAUCUUGGAACAAUAUACAACAGACUUAAAUCUCGGGCUUAUUAUCGAUCUGCUACAGAAUAUCUUGCUGAUGUCACAUUAAUGUGUAACAAUGCAAUGGUUUAUAAUCCUCCGGAUACCAUUUAUUAUCAACGUGCACGUAAACUCUUGGCAUUUUGUCGCAAACAAAUGACUUUUUCAGCUUUACAAAAAGCUAGUAAAGAUAUGCCUGGCGGAUUAACUUCAGAAGAAAUUGGCGAUUUAACAAGUGUGGAAGCUCAAAUGAAUCAGAUUAGUCGCGUGAAACCCUUUCAAAGAUCUUCAAAGUUACACACACAUAGUCAAAAUGAAUUAAGUGAUCAUAAAUUUCAUUUUUCGCCUAAACAUCAUAGCGAUUCUCAUCGCAAUAUUCCGCCAACCGUACAGCCACUUGUCGGUCAUUCUUUUAAAAGACAUCGUGGUCGUCCGAAAUCUCAUUUGUCUACUUCCUCAAGGUUAUAUAAUCAUAUGAAUAAGAAAGUUUUGAAAAGUUAUUCACACCUUUCAUCAGAGGAACAUUUAUCUCGUGAUCAUUUAAAA